UUCUUCCUGUUUGUAAAAGCAUUAUGCGCCAUUUUCAAUUCGAACAGCAUGGAAUUGUGUUCUGUCUUACUCUGAUCUACUUGCAAUGUCAUACUACAGGAAGCCAUUCUCUGCACCGACACUGCAUUGCAACACAGGGGACUUUGUUUCCAAAGAAUAUACAGUUUUUAAUGCUGGAUGACAUUACUGUCUAUUAUUAUAACAGCAGUUUUGGGAAAGAUCCACCGGUUCCUGAAUGGCUAAACCACUCAAAGGGCCUGAACUUCUGGAGAGAAAUCAGUGUCAACCUUAAGUUCAACCGACACGUGAUGGCAACUGCUGUGAGGCUCACUGCUGAACAUUUUAAUCAUUCUGAUGAUCAUGUCUACCAGGCCCAUGGGCGCUGUGAUUUGAAUGCAGAUGGAAGCAUACUGUCUUCUAUGAGCCACGCAUAUGAUGGGAAGGACUUUGUGAGCUUUGAUGUCCAAACAAAGAGCUGGACUGCAGCUGUUUCACAGGCUGUCUUUUACAAAAGGAAAAGGGAGGUGGACCCACAAGACCUUAAUCGACUGGCCCAUCACUAUCAGCAUGAAUGCAUUGAAUGGCUGAAGUUGCUGCUACAAUAUACUGUCAAAUUGCGUGAAAAGAAAGUUCCAGAGGUGAGGAUUCUUGAGAGGACAGACCCCACAACUUCUGCUGUUGAAAUCACGUGCCAUGUGACGGGCUUCUACCCACGGGCUGUACAGGUGGAGUGGCUGGGAGCAGGAGAGCUCCCCUUGCAGGACGGGGUGAAAAGUGGGAACGUGGUGCCCAAUGAAGACAGGACUUAUCAGCUAAGGAAGAGCCUGACUGUGUCAGAGGGAGUCCAGGGAACACAAACGUACAGCUGCUUAGUGGUGCACAGCAGCGUGCCUGAGAACAUCACUCUUCCCUGGGCUCCACGGAGGAAAAUGCCCGUUUGGAUCACCCCUGCAGCUCUCGCUGGGGCUGUCGUCAUGAUGUGUGUUGCACUGGCUGUAGCCAAAUGGAGAGGAGCCCUGGUUUCCGCGUCUCAAACUUCAGCUCUUUCUCACAUCAUGUGUUGGAAGAGGUCUGCAUCUGUAGCUGGGCAAAAUUUAGAAGCUGUGAGAAAACAAAACCAGAAGAUCAAUGAUGAAGGAUCUCCUUUUCUGGGGUCCCAUCCAGGAUGAAACCUGUCACUCUGCAGCCUUGAAUUGGCUCCAGAUGCCCACUGCUCUGAAUGUAUUGUUACUGGUAAUGGAUAGAAUGAAUGUAAACUUUAUUUUAAGCAUGUGUGUGGCUCUCUGUACGUAUAGUCUUCCCUCGUCUUAUGAUGGUAUUGCUUUCCUGAAAAAUCCUCUUGUCUUGAAGAUGUGAAUACCAUUACUUGUGACGGUAAACAUUUUUAUGCAAAAACUGACACCUAUUAAAACGGUAAACAUUUUAGCAUCAAAACUGACUGUUCAUGCUAUUUAUGCUGAACAUGAAGCCCCAUUAAAAUAAAUACAACUUCAACAUUUAACAUCAGUUAUUGUAACACAACAUAACAAGGCCAUUUUCCUUCAUCUCCUACCCUGUAAUACUCUAUGGCUGAGUACAUGAGGCUCCUUCAGCUCUUUCGUAGCCAUUCCGUACCAUGCACUGAAAAAAAAUG